AUGCCGUUUAAAGCAUUUGAUACCUUCAGAGAGAAAAUUCUGAAACCUGGAAAGGAAGGAGUGAAGAAUGCCGUGGGAGAUUCCUUGGGGAUUUUACGAAGAAAAAUCGACGGGACCAACGAGGAAGAAAAUAACAUUGAGCUGAAUGCAGACGGGAGGCCAGUGCAGACGCCCAGGCAGAGCGCCACCCUCUGCGACUGCCAGUGCUGCGGCAUCCCCAAGCGUUACAUCAUUGCCAUCAUGAGCGGGCUGGGAUUCUGCAUUUCCUUUGGGAUCCGGUGCAACCUUGGAGUGGCCAUCGUGGAAAUGGUCAACAACAGCACUGUCUAUGUCGACGGAAAGCCGGAAAUUCGGACAGCACAGUUUAACUGGGAUCCAGAGACAGUGGGCUUUAUCCAUGGAUCUUUUUUCUGGGGUUAUAUUGUGACACAAAUUCCAGGUGGUUUCAUUUCAAACAAGUUUGCUGCUAACAGGGUUUUUGGAGCCGCCAUCUUCUUAACAUCGACCUUGAACAUGUUCAUUCCUUCUGCAGCCAGAGUGCACUACGGCUGCGUCAUGUGUGUCAGAAUUUUGCAAGGUCUAGUGGAGGGCGUGACCUACCCAGCCUGCCACGGGAUGUGGAGUAAGUGGGCACCACCUUUGGAGAGAAGCCGACUGGCCACGACCUCUUUUUGUGGUUCCUAUGCGGGGGCAGUGAUCGCCAUGCCCCUGGCGGGCGUGCUGGUGCAGUACAUUGGCUGGGCCUCUGUCUUUUAUAUUUACGGUAUGUUUGGCAUCAUUUGGUACAUGUUUUGGCUGUUGCAGGCCUAUGAGUGCCCGGCAGCUCAUCCGACGAUAUCGGAUGAGGAGAGGACCUACAUAGAGACAAGUAUAGGGGAAGGAGCCAACUCGGUUAGUCUGAGUAAAUUUAAUACACCGUGGAAAAAAUUUUUCACAUCAUUGCCGGUCUAUGCAAUCAUUGUAGCAAAUUUUUGCAGAAGCUGGACCUUUUAUUUGCUGUUAAUAAGUCAGCCUGCUUAUUUUGAAGAGGUCUUCGGAUUUGCAAUAAGUAAGGUGGGUCUCCUGUCGGCACUCCCACACAUGGUCAUGACCAUCAUUGUACCUAUCGGAGGACAGCUGGCUGAUUAUUUUAGAAGCAGAAAAAUUUUGACCACAACUGCUGUCAGAAAAAUCAUGAACUGUGGAGGUUUCGGCAUGGAGGCAACCUUACUCCUGGUGGUUGGCUUUUCCCAUACCAAAGGGGUGGCCAUCUCCUUUCUGGUGCUUGCCGUGGGAUUUAGUGGCUUCGCUAUUUCAGGUUUUAAUGUCAACCACCUGGACAUUGCCCCCCGUUAUGCCAGCAUCCUCAUGGGCAUCUCAAACGGAGUGGGAACACUCUCUGGCAUGGUCUGUCCCCUCAUCGUUGGUGCAAUGACCAAGCACAAGACCCGUGAAGAAUGGCAGAACGUGUUCCUCAUAGCUGCCCUGGUGCACUACAGUGGCGUGAUCUUCUACGGGGUCUUUGCCUCUGGGGAGAAACAGGAGUGGGCCGACCCCGAGAACCUCUCCGAGGAGAAGUGUGGAAUCAUUGACCAAGAUGAACUAGCUGAGGAGACGGAACUCAAUCACGAGAGUUUUGCAAGUCCUAGAAAGAAGAUGUCAUAUGGAGCCACCACCCAGAAUUGUGAAAUCCAGGAGAAGGGAUGGAGGGGACAGAGCGGGGUGACCCUGGAUGAGGAAGAGCUGUCGUAUUACCAGAAUGAGGAGGGAAGCUUCUCGGACACAUCCUAGUGUCCGAGGGGCACUCCUGUCCUCCCCUCACUGCACAACCAGAAAGUAUCUGUUCCUAUCGCCUUCCCCGUAGCCCAGCUUGCCAGAGGGUUCAAUGCGGGGCCGCUGGAGGUGGGGGGAGGGGGAGAGAAGCUU